AUGAUUCCAUGAGUACAUGAAUUUAUUAUAAUAUCUUAUUAAUUAGAUAUACCUAAUUACGUUUAAACAAAGGCCCCAAAAUGCAUGAGGCACUCAUGGUUUUUUUUCAUAAAGGAGUCAGUGGUACUCAGUGGACUCCAGUAAAUAAACUCAAUAGCCUUGGUUUUAAUUUAAAAAAAAAGUGAAUUCUACACAAACACAAAUACAACAAACGUCUAAAAAUAAAAUAAUUACAAGCCGGCAAACGAUCGAAAUUUCCACAAAUUUAAUGUAUUUUUGAUUUUGAGAAAUAUGUAAAUAAUUGCGUACUGAAUAAUGGCGUUAUUGGAUUAUAAACAUUAUUUCCCUAUAGAUAGCAUACAAAAAGUAUGUGAUCUGUUUGAAGAACAACUACGCAGUGAGAAAGAGGCAGAUUUGGCUUUGUUUUCUAUUAUUGUUGGAGCCGUAGAAAAUAAUUUAACUAAUGUAAAGAACAGCGACAAAGAAAUGAAUUUAGCGGCAAAUAAAGUUGGCAAAAUGAAGUUUCCAUCUGUUGAAUACGAAGAAGUGAAGUCCCUGCAUGAACGGUUCGUGUCACUGAUGCGCGGAGGAGUUGAUGUGAAACUUUUAAAUGGAGUGUAUACCACCCGAGACUUGGUCAAACGAGUUGCUGAUGUGGUUUGGAAUUCCCUGACUCGCAGUUAUUACAAGGAUCGGGCACACUUGCAGUCUAUUUAUAGCUUUUUAACAGGAAAUAAACUAGACUGUUUUGGUGUAGCUUUUGCAGUAACUGCCGGCUGUCAAGUUCUCGGCAAGCAGGAUGUUCACUUGGCUCUAUCUGAAGAUCAUGCUUGGGUUGUUUUUGGAAAAGACGGUAUGGAAACAGCUGAGGUUACUUGGCAUGGCAAAGGAAAUGAAGACAAGCGUGGAAGAUCGGUUGGCGAUGGUGUAUCAGCUCGAUCAUGGUUGUAUGUAGCAGGCAAACCAGUGAUAUGCACCAGAGUAAUGGAACUUGCUGCCCUUGUGUCUUCAAUCAAUCCUACACUUACGCAGACUACUGAUGUCCACGAAGUUGCACAGAUGCAGCAUAGACUACUGUGGUUAUUGUAUGACAAUGGUCAUUUGGAUGCUUACCCCAUGGCAUUGGGGAAUCUUGGAGACUUGGAUGAAUACAUGAAAUUAGCCAACUGUUCUGUGGCUGAUGCAGAAUUGCCUCUUACUAAUGAUUCGGAAAAUUUACGACCUGAUGGUACACAGAGGCCGGAUCCUGCUACACUCUAUGCUCAAGCCAUUCGAUCAUCUAGAACUAAUUAUGAAGAUCGUCAUGUCUAUCCAUACACAUUCCAAGGAGGUCACUACCACCGUAAUAAAAUGUACAAAGAAGCUUUUCAUGCAUGGGCCUGUGCUGGAGAUGUCAUCCGACACUACAAUUACUCUCGUGAUGAUGAAGAAAUCUAUAAAGAGUUUUCUGAAAUUGCAAAUGAACUAAUUCCACAACUAAUGAAAGCUGAAAGCUCUGGACACUCUGCUAGAUCCAUUUUGAAAGAUCCAGAGUGCUUUGCGUCAUUGCUAAGAUUCUAUGAUGGUAUCUGCAAAUGGGAAGAGGGUAGUCAAACACCAAUACUACAUAUUGGUUGGGCGAAACCCCUUGUAAGCACUAUAUCAAAAUUUGAUGCUGAAGUGAGAGCUCAAGUUAACAUUAUAUGUAAAACUGACACAGAUGACCACUCAGAGUCAACAAAAGCAUCAGAGAAUGAAAAAGAAAAUGGCGAUAAUGACCAAUGGAAUAACAAUUCUGAGAAUACGGAGAUGACAGUGCGUGAACAACUCACGGCUGCAGUUAACAGCCGGCCGCGUGUCACACUUUACAGCCAUAAAAUGGCAGCCCUAAGACCUCUACUUCUAGCUGAACGAUUAAACACUCAUGCGCUGCAGUUACAAUUAACAGCGCAGAGUCAGUUGCAGCGACCUCAGGCGCCAACCAAGAAGAGACAUGUUGAUGACACCAACUCGUCUGUACCGACAGCACGUGCCAAGCGAGCUCGUCGCGAACGUUGAAGGCGUUGGUAAUAUUUUGAAUUUGGAACUGAAUACGCUUCUCUGUUAGACUGGUACGAAUUUACAGUCACGAGUAUUAAUGGUUGAGCCACUUGUUGUAUUCGUAUUUUACACGAGAAAUAUGCAAGUUUAGCAGCCGUUACCUAACGACAAUGCUAAGAUGUAGCCAUAGUAACUUAAAAAUAUAUGGCUUCUGUGAAAUCGAUGUUUCAACCGUGAUUUCUUUACUUACAUAGGUUUUCAGAAGUAACGCGAUACAAACACUUUUCAAAAGGCUUUCAAUUAGAUUGAAUAACGGUAUAGAAUUAUUAUUGACUAUGUAUUAAUUAUUUAUGAAACAUUUGUGCAUUUGGAUGCUAUCGUGUUGCUAGUUUACGAGUGUAAGUGUAGUAAGUAAAGUAGCUAUGCCAUUAUUGUCCGUGACUGUACAUAUAUGAGUGAUGUAUACAAAGUAUUUUAUGUAGUUUAUGUGUUUCUAUUAGAUUGUUAAUGUUGCUACAUUAUUUAUUCUGGGUGAUAACAUGUAUUUUUAGAGUCGUCUUUAAAACUGAUUAAUCCACAAAAAUUAUCAUAUUAUUUAGUAAGAAAUAUUGUCUUGACAUUUGGGUCAGGAGCAUAAAUUUACAUUUAAAAAGUUUUGUAGCAUGAGAUAUCCGCGUCGUCAAGACGAUGCAUUUUACUUUAAAGUUAAUUCAACUUAACUAGAUGUAUGACCUUUGCCAUCAGUUGCUACAUAAUUAUUAUUCAAUAGUAAUAAUUAAAUUUCAUAGUAAAUUAUGUUUUAGAUUAGUUCAGACCUCGGGUCACGUCGUUUAUGACGUCAAACGUCAAAUUUUUGGAGGACGAGAGAGUGGCGAUAUUCAAUAUUGCACAAAGUGUAAUGUUCGUCACUAUUAUCGUACCCCCGAUCCUUCAGUAAUAACAGUGUAUAAGUUUAGCUGCGUUAUAAGAAUGUUAAGAGCUUGUGGAGUCUUAUGA